AACUCCCUUCAUUCUAUACUUUCCCGAGUGAAGUGUCGCUGGUGUUCCCCUACCGUCGUGAACACGACUGAAUCAUCCUUACUCUUUUCUCCCAGCUUUCCUUUGUGUUUGUACCCCUGUACUGUAGUGAUCCGCCGCCAAAAUGUCACAGCAAAAGCUUCCCCAUCUGCAACCGCGCAUGUCCAAAAAGCCUCCCUUUUCUGUUGAGGUUCCUGGCGUUGAGGCUGCGCCGGGUGAGACAGUCCCGCGCCGCUUACCAGCGGCGAAAGAUGGACUUAUCUUGAAGCCUGCGGAGGAUAUUGCAACGACAUACGAUGUCUUCCGACGCUCCGCGCGUGUGUUCGGUAACGCAAAGGCUGUCGCGAGUCGCCGCCUAAUCAAGACCCACGAAGAAAACAAGAAGGUAAAAAAGGUCAUCGACGGGGUCGAAAAGGAGGUCGACAAGAAGUGGACGUACUUCGAGAUGAGCGGUUAUAGCUACAAGAGCUUCAUUGAGUACGAGAAAGUGGCUCUACAACUUGGCGCCGGUCUGAGAAAGCUUGGAUUGGAGAAGAACGACAAAAUCCAUCUCUACGGUGCAACUAGUGAAAACUGGCUGGCCAUGUCACAUGGAACCGGAUCCCAGUCGAUGACGAUCGUCACCGCAUAUGACACCCUGGGCGAGGAUGGUUUGAAGCAUUCCAUCGUCCAAACAUCCAGCGUUGCCAUGUUCUGCGAUCCCAACCUCAUCCCCUCAGUGGCAAAUGUACUGAAGGAUGCGCCAUCUAUCAAACAUGUCAUCUGGAACUCCCACCUGGAGCCCAAGCAGGCGGACCUGGACAGGCUGAAGAAUGAGUAUGAAGGUAUCAAUGUCAUUAGCUUCGAGGAGCUCCGGAAGUUGGGCGAAGAGAACCCGGUGGACCCCGUCCCACCAGCUCCUGAAGAUCUCUGCUGCAUCAUGUAUACCUCUGGAUCUACUGGCCCACCAAAGGGUGUUCCUCUUACGCACGCAAACGUCAUCGCUGCCACCGCUGGUAUCAACGCAAUUGUCGGACCGUACAUCGGCCCCUCAGAUGCGUUGUUGACUUACCUCCCACAAUCUCAUAUUCUCGAGUUCAUGUUCGAGAACCUUUGUUUAAUCUGGGGUGGUACGAUGGGUUAUGGAAACCCGCGCACGCUCUCGGACGCUUCAAUGCGUAACUGCAAGGGUGACAUUCGUGAAUUCAAGCCUACGAUUCUUGUCGGUGUACCCGCUGUUUGGGAAUCGGUGAAGAAGGGCGUGCUGAACAACUUGAACAAGAACAACCUUAUUGUGAGAAGCAUGUUCUGGGGUGCUAUGGCCGCCAAAAACUUUUUGAUGACGACCGGGUUCCCUGGCUAUGGUGUAGGUUCUUCGUUACUUGAUGCCGUCGUCUUCAAGAAGUUGAAGGAGGCGACCGGCGGUCGGUUGCGUAUCAUGAUGAACGGUGGUGGUCCGAUCUCGAAGGAUACACAACAUUUCUUGUCCAUGGCGAUUGCCCCUAUGAUCGGCGGCUAUGGUCUCACCGAAACGUCAGCUAUGGGUGCUCUAAAUGACCCAAUGGCCUGGAAUGUGAACGCGCUCGGUGAAAUCCCUGGCUCCAUUGAAGUGAAGCUCGUUGACUUCCCUGACGCUGGGUAUUCGACGAAGAGUGUUCCCCCACAGGGAGAGAUCUUUAUCCGUGGAGGUAGUGUGAGCAAGGGCUACUGGGACAAUGAGGAAGAAACCAAGAGUGCCUAUACCGAAGAUGGGUGGUUCAUGACGGGCGAUAUUGGCGAAUUUGACAAGUACGGCCAUCUCAAGAUCAUUGACCGCAAGAAGAAUCUUGUCAAGACGCUUAACGGUGAAUACAUUGCCCUCGAGAAGCUCGAAUCUGUCUACCGUUCGUCUCCCCUUGUCGGCAACAUUUGCGUCUACGCCGCUCAAGAUCAGGACAAGCCGAUUGCUAUCAUUGUCCCGGUUGAGGCUGCGUUAAAGAAGCUCGCCCACGAAAAUAAUAUCCAGGGAGAUACUUUGGAGUCAUUGAUACACGACGAGAAGCUACAGGGGAUUGUCCUCAAGCAGCUUCAGACUGCUGGCCGUGCUGGUGGUCUCAAGGGAAUCGAGAUUGUUAACGGCGUAGUGUUGGCUGACGAAGAGUGGACCCCCCAUAAUGGAUACAUGACAGCCGCCCAGAAGCUCCAACGCAAGAAGAUCGUCAAUCACUUCCAGAAAGACAUUGACCGUGCUUACGGCAAGAAAUAAAUGAUGGAGUCACCGACGUUACGCUAAAGCCAAGUACAUCAUAAUCUUAUCCUAUAUUUCUUUUAUUUUUGUCCCUGUUCCUGCUUUGUUUUGAUGUCGAUCAUACUGUCAGUUCGGAUUGCGAUUAUUUCCUUUUCCUUUGUUCAAGCUGUUUAUUUCUUAAUGUUUCCGUUUUGUUAAAUAUCCCAUCAUAGGACGGCUACUGAAAAUGUGUCUAUGCUAUCUUCUCAUUAGGAGAGAAUAAUGAAAUGGAGAUGAAUAAAUGUACGCCUGCCCUAGUUA